AUCAUAAAGAAAUCUGGAAAAAAAAACCACUAGAUUGAAAGUGAUGGUUCCUAGAUAAUAAAAUGAAAAUAUAGGAUUAUCUUCAAUGGAAAUGGAUGGAAUAAUUAGUCUUCACGAUAAUGUAUUAGAAGUUAUAUUUUCCUUUUUAUCUUUACACGAUCUUAGAAAUUGUUCCCUAGUAUGUAAGAGGUGGUAUGAAUUCUUGAAUGAUGAAAAUAAUGAUGUAUGGAGGUUACACUGCAUUAGAAAACUUGCAGAAGAAGCUUUGAAAUCAGAUUUAUUAUCGUCUGUUCCUACUUACAAAGCGAAACUGCGUGCAUUUCAUCAUGCAUGGAACCCAAAUGACUGUUCUAGGAAUAUUUAUAUUAAACCUAAUGGGUUUACAUUGCAUCGGAAUCCAGUAGCACAAAGUACUGAUGCUGCAAGAGGUAAAAUUGGUUUUAGACAUGGUAGACAUGCAUGGGAAGUCAUUUGGGAAGGGCCCUUGGGAACAGUUGCUGUUAUAGGAAUAGCAACUAAGGAUUCCCCAUUACAAUGCCAUGGCUAUGUGGCUUUAUUAGGGACAGAUGAUCAAAGUUGGGGGUGGAAUCUGGUUGAUAAUCAUCUUUUACAUAAUGGAGAUGCUCAGGGAAAUUAUCCUUUAUUAAAUAAUGCACCAAAAUACCAGGUUGGAGAGAGAAUCAGAGUUAUUUUAGACUGUGAUGAUAAUACCUUAUCUUUUGAAAAGAAUUAUGAAUUUUUGGGAGUAGCAUUCAGAGGUUUACCUGAUAAAAAACUUUAUCCAACUGUAUCUGCAGUUUAUGGUAAUACAGAAGUAUCGAUGGUGUAUUUAGGUCCUCCUUUAGAUGGCUAACAUUGCUUUUUUUUGAGCAGAAUGCUCAGAAUCAAAGAAGCUGUUUAGAGAGAAACAUGUCUGAUACAAGAUGGAAUUAAAGGUCAGUUUGGUUUGCCCAUGUGAUAUUAAAGAAAUAAUGCUCUUCUCUUGAAGACAUGUGGAAGUGUUUAUAAUAAGGACUUUCCAAAAGUAAGUUAAAAUAAAAUUGGGAUCAAUGAAGUAUUUGUCAGUCAACAAACACAUACACUUUUAUUUUCUCACAUUUUCAUUCAGUAGGAAAUAUUUAAAUACAAAAAUAUAGUAAUUCAUAUUUGAGAUGACACUGAAAUUAUGUGUGGUAAUUUCAAUUCAACCUUAAUUAAUUCAUUUAAUAAAUAAAACUUUGUGGCUACAAUACGCUAGGGAAUUAAACUUUUUUCUACUCCUAUUUCCAUUAAUAAACAAAAAUAUAAUAUUUAAAUAUAAUUUCAUAAAAAAAGGUGAAAUACAUAUUAGAAACACAAUAACUUCUCUAUUGUUUUCUAAUACUUUUAAAAAGUAGGAUACACACUUUUAUUUCAAUAAGUGCAAAGGCAAUAGUAAAUUAUUCCAUUCAGACUCGCUCUUUGUUCAACUAAACCAUUGUUGACUUAAUCUUAGUAUGGAUUGAUGGACGAUCAUAUACAUUCUUUCAAUAUAUCUCAAGGGCUUAAAAAUUCAAAAAAACCAUAAUAUAGCUUAUCAGGAAGUUUGUUUUCUAUUACCUUGAGAUUCAGAUAGAUAUGGGGUAAUUUUUUUUUAUGAAAUAAUAUAUUUAAAUAUAAAAAUCUUCAUUUUAAUCAAUCUCACUAUGCCGAUUUUUUGAAUGAGAAUGUUGAGAUAUGAAAUCUACUUUUAGCGUUAUUAGCUCAUUUUGAGGGUUUACUAGUAUUACAUAUUAUUCAACUGUUUCAAAUUUAGAAAUUUUUUCUGGUUAUCUUUCAAGAAUGUUUGAAAGGAUCAUUCUUGGAAAAAAUGAAUCAAAACUGAUGAAUACUUCAUGAGUUUCCAUGGUUACAUUAUGUGCUCUGAUAUUUGUCCAUAAAUUUUCAAAUCUGUUGCAUUUUCCUGUUAUUGGCAGAAGUUUUUUCCAAUGGAAAAACAGUUAUAAAUGGAAGUUUCAGUUAUAUUGAAACAAGCGAAAAUGCAACAAGAUGAUAUGAGAAAUGAUUGUUUGCCCCCAAAAAAAGUCUUAUUGCAGUUUUACUUUUUUUGUACUAAGUGAAACUAAAAGAUCUGUUGUUUUCAGUUUCAAAUUUCUUUAUUUUAUUUAUACAUGUAAAUGCACAAGCUCCUGAAGCUUCAGGGAUCUAUUUUAUGUUUACUUAAAACUUUAAACUUUAUUAUUAUUUACUAUUGAAAUAUUUUAUCUAUGUUUAUGAUUUUUGUGAAAACUAUGUUGUUGGAUAAAGAAUGUAUGAAUUCUCGAUUCCUUUUAGAUGAGGAGGAAGUGUUCAAUAAUUCGAUUGUAUAGGUACAUCAAUGUGUAAAUUCUCCUAACUUCUUUCUCUUUAUGAACAUUUUGGAAUAUUUAUUAUCUUGAUGGUAGUUUAUCACUUAGGUGUGAUGCAUCUUUUUGGAUCAUCAAAAUACUCGUUUCAGUAUUUUUAUAUGAAACUAGUUUUUUAAACAAUUAAAUUAGUAUAAUUCUAGUAAUAACAUUCUUCAGUACUAAUUGUUUUUUUAUGAGUUUUGUUUAUGCUCAUCUGUUAUUGUUGCUGAAAGAAUACUUUUAUCAAAAAUGUUCCUUGGCCAAUGUCUGGUUUUCUUUUUUACUUUUCAAAUUUUAUAUUUCUUCAAAUUUGUAUGAAAAUUUUCACUUGAUUCGAUUCCAAAUUUUUUUUUGUGGGGAAGACUUUCAUUUCUCUCAUGACAUCAGCAAAUAAUGCAAAUUUUAUACUAUACCAAAGUUCCAUCAUUGAAAACUUGAGUUACCUGUCCAUUAAGUAAUCUUGAAAUAUUGUAUAUAAAUAACCAUAACUAUUUAGUUGAAUUUAGCGUAUAAUAUCUGAAAUAUCUUUUUUGAUGAAAUUUAGCACCAGUCUUUUUAAUUGAAUCCAAUUACCUAAUAUAGGCUAUGUGAAAGAUUUCAUACCUCAACCAAUGUCCUCCAAUUUUAUUGCAGUUGGGCAAAAAUAUGUGAAUAUUACCUAAUCCUGAUUUUCAAUUCCUUAUUAUUACAUUUAUCUGAAGUAUGAAAUCUUCAAUGAAUUGUGUGUACCGCCGCUCAUCAUAUUUUAUUUUAUAUAAUUUUUGAUACAACGACAUGAUAUGAUAAUCAUAUUUAAAACGUUUUUAUGAUUUUAAUGCAUUUAAGCAACUGAUUAAAUUUUUACCAUUUCAGGAACAUUUUUUUAUAUAAUUACUGCAAUUUGAUCCUGAACGAGUAUCAUGAGUUUAUUUAUAAUUUUUGUGAUUUUAAUUGACGCUGUGAUAAUUUUUUUUUGUUAAUUUCUUCAUGUUAUGUAAUGUACUGUAAUUAACCAAAUAUUCCCACUAAAAAAAUUCUGCGAAUGUAGAUUUAUCAUCAUAAGUUCAAAAUUUGUGUAUGUUGUGGAAGUCGUAGUGAAUAUCCCACCUAUGUUGCGAUUCAUUUGUUAUUAUUUUGUAUUUGAAUAUAGACAUGGUGUCGAUUACUAAUUAUUUGGAAUUUAUACCUUUUUUCUACCUCUUGAUGAACCAUACCAUUAUUGUAGGUAUCAAUACCAUCUGAUUGAAUAUUUGUUAUUGUUGCUUCAUUUUAUUCUUGUAAAUAUACAUAAUAUGAUGUAA